AUGCCGGGUGCCAGAGGAUCUCCCCAAGGAUGUGGGACAUGUAAGAGGCGGAAAGUAGCAUGCGACCGUCAGAGACCACUUUGUCUUCGCUGCACCAAAGCUGGACUGGAAUGUAGUGGAUACGACAAAGUUCUAACUUUCGUCAAUAGAGAUGCUUCGAAUAUUCAUAGUAGCGGGCGACAAGCUCUCACUUCUGCUUUUCAAACCGGUACCGGAGAAAAGAGACAGAAGUCGGCCCAAAGACGCAAUGCAGCAUCUCCAUCAAUGAGAUCAAGAUCCGAAUCACCCGCCAGUAUCGCGGUUUCACCCACUAAGUCAAUCGUCAAGCAAGAACAUCUGGUCUCUCAAGAAGAGCUCCAUAUUGCCCUCCGCAAUGGCACAGCAGCAGCUUCUCUUCAAGACCGCCAAAAGCUCUUUGGAACCUCGGUCAUCAGAUUGCCAAUGCUAGGUCUCCUGACUCGGUACUAUGUCGCCGAAGGAGACGCGCUCAAUCAAGCCGAGCUGUACAACCAAAUCAACAAAGUUUUAGAUCCGACUCGAAUUUUCGACUCAGCUAUUGCGGCAGCUGCUCUUACGAGAUGUGGUCAAGUGGAUCAUGACCAGGAGCUGGUGUUUCAAGGAACAGAUCAGUAUGGGAGGACUAUCAAAGGGUUGAUGAAGGUGCUGCAAGAUCCAAAGUUGAGAUUGGAGGAUGAGACGUUGGCUGUCUGUGUGCUGUUGUCUGCUUAUGAGUUGUUUGCGGGUACUGACCCAUACUUGUCACCUUGGAUUUCGCAUAUGGAUGGUGUGGCCCAAUUGAUUAAGCUUCGUGGUCCUGAGCGACAUCAGUCAUCUCUAGGUCAUCAAAUCUUCCUUCAUUAUCGGACGAGUGCUGCCCUACAAGCUGUCAUGUCUCGAAAAUCCUCGUUCCUCUCGACAUUGGAAUGGCUCACUAUCCCAUUCGUCACCACCCCUAAAGACUUCUUCCAUCUUCUGCUCGACCUUGUCUUUGAUCUUGCCAGUAUCCUUGAACUGUCAGAUACCGCUGCUAUCAUUUCUGUACCCGAAAUUCGUACACGCCAACAAAUCAACGCUCGAUGUACAGCCUUGAGUCAAAGAUUCGAAUCCUGGUUCAAGGCUCCUCAACUAGGUCUGGGCCGCACUGCUUGGAGAAAAAUAAGGAGCAAGAUAAUGGUUGCAGAAGAUAGGAAGAAUGAGGGCAGAGUAUUCACAUCGUAUUACGAAUUUGAAAAUCUGGUGGUCGCACAAGUCCUGCUUAGCUAUUGGGCCGCAUCAAUAAUCCUCUCAACUACAGCGCUCUUGAACGUUGCUGCGUUGGCUGUUCUAACGCCACCUUCGACAGCGGAGUCCUCGAGCUCGCAAGAAUCGAUGCUUGACUCAAUGAAGAAGAACGCCAUAGAUAUAGCCAAGUCAAUACCGUAUUGUCUCCAGCCUCAACACAAGACAGCAGGACCAAUUAUUACAGUCCAUCCUCUUCACGUGGCUAUGCAAGUCUUCUCCAAGUUCGACAUGCAAAGAGAGUUGAGAUGGUGUGAGGAAGUGUUCGAUAUUGUGUGCAGGGGUGGUUCGCCUUUCAAAGACGCUCCGUCUGAGGAAAGUGGCGAUGCCAGAACUGGAAAAGAGAGCGGAGAAGUUGAACUGAGAUACCAAUUGCAUUUGCCAAAAUUUGGGAAAAGCGCCUUGAGCCUGGGGUGA